AGAACCAACUUGAUAAGUUUCUCAACAUGGAAGCUGGGGACUAUUUAGAAGUCUCCGUUGCCCUGGAACAGAUGAAUAAAAGCAUGAAUAAGGUUUACUGGACAUCGAAAUGCGAGGAAAUUGUCAAAGGUGUGUGUGCGCUACUCAACAGCUUCGGCGGCAAGUUGUUCAUUAAUAUCGAAAAUCAAGACGUGGUUGAUUUUGAAAACAUACUUGAUAAAGUUAUAAAAGCGAUAGAGCAACGUUUGAAACAUUUCAUGUCAUUGUGGUGGCUAAACAAAUUGGUGAAAAUGCCAAAGAUUCAAAACAAGCAAUAUGUUUAUGAGAUAAGUAACUCAGAUAAGGUAUUUACAAUGAAGUAUCAUCUAUAUCUCCCAACGACUAAACAAGUAGAAGAAAUCUCACCAUGUGAUCAUGAAGCUCUUGAGAAAAUAAUAAAAGGUGUGUCUUUCUCUAGCGAAGGAGUUCAAAAUCAUCUUUCAAGUGUGAACGAGUUUAUUUUUGGCAAAUCGAUAUCGCUGACUGAGUCAGGUUCAAUACAAUUUAAGUAUCUUUUAAAUGAAAAAUCAAAGAAGACCACAAUUGCAGAUCGAAUCAUUAACAAAACUAACAAACUUAUUAUAACUAUCUCCGCUUUUGCAAACCAAUCUGGAGGACAUGUGUUGUAUGGCAUAUCAAAUGAAAGCAUAGUACGGGGACAGGUGCUAGAAGGAAAGGAUAAAAGUGAAGUUGAAGCGAAGGUGACAAAGGAGAUCAACAAAAUGAUCUGGCAAAAAGCGAUUGAAAGAGGCAAGCAUUGGAAUAUAGAAUUUAUACCUGUCAAAGAUGACAAGAAUAACGAGAAAGCUUCCUUAUUUAUCAUAAAGAUCUCGGUUGAAGCGUUACCUGGUGGAGUGUUUGUUCAACAGCCCGAGAGUUAUCACAUUGGCUUUGACAAAGCAGUAAAGCUGAUGUCAUUUGAAGAUUGGAGGAGCAGAAUUAUCUUUGGUGUCAGACCAGUUCCAGGACAGCUUAGUCGUAUCAAGUGGAGUUCUGCCACAUCACAGAGAAAAUAUUUCACUGUUAUUUUUCGUCUUAAUGAGUUGCAAAACGAUGCGAACUAUGACAUGUUUAACAAGUUUGCGAAGUCGAUAAAGAAGCAGCACGUUGGAACAGCAACCGAGUUGUUCGUUAUGAUCGUUGAAAGUGUUGUCGCGUACAAACGUGGAAUGAUGAAAACGGCGGAAAAAAUAGUUGCCAAAAUUGAAGCGACAUUGAAAAAUCGUCCAAACAUCGAUGAGCAUAAAAUUCUUGAGUUUCGAAUGCUCUACGCCAAGAGUGCAAUCGCACGUGCCAAAGGUGAUUAUACAUCGAGCUACAAAUACGCCAAAGAAGGUCAACAAUUGGCUGAUCAGAUUCAACCUGGUGUUCUUACUGCUUGGUUCUUCAACCACGUCGCCAUUGUUGAAAAGUUUCUUUCACUACAACAACAACUACAGGGAGAGGAAAACGUCGAGCUGGAAAAGUCUGCGUUGAAUCAUUAUAGCAAAGCAUUGCAGUAUGCGAAAGCUUCGAGUGUCGAGCAGGAGUUUACUCGAAUGAUCGCUGACCUGGAACAAAGAAUUCACAUCUUUCGCGCCAUAACCAUCUUGGGGAAUUUUGCAAAAGGUACAAAUUUGUCAGAAGUAACGGCGUCAAAUAUUAAAGCAGCCUUAAGUGAUCUCAGGGCAUACAAAGACUUGGUUCUUGAAGGUUUCCUGCCAUCGAAUUAUAGACGAACGUACUGUAUCUUUGCAAAGUGUGAUCUACGUCUGGCCCAGUGGUAUCAGCAGCAGCUUAAUCAGCGACAACAACAACAGCAGCAACAACAGAUGGAACAGCAACAGCAACAACAACAACAGAUGGAUCAACAACAGGAGCAACAGAUCUACAAAACGCCACAACUUUUAAAAGAUGCGUAUGACAAAGCUCUUAAAGCCAAAAAAUUAUCGAAACAGUGCGACUUUGAAGAACUUACUAUGUACGCAAAUUGUCGUCUCGGAAAAAUCACAGAGAUGAUGGUUAAAUUAAACUUUGUCUCAACACUUUCAAAACGUCGCAGCAAAUUUUAGGCUAUAAUUAACAAUAAACGGUGGCCACAGUGAAACAUUAAUCGGGAUCGAACAAGCUUCGUGUAUACACGCAUGCAUUUUAUGAAAAAAUCAUGAGUCGGCUAACUAUCUCUUAUUAAACAUGUACAGAAUUAACUAUAUAAUAUGUUAUACAUAUAUGCAUAUAAUCAAUCGUUGCGGAAGAAUUAGAGAUGAUGUUAUGAACUACUCUUAAUAUUUCGUCUCAUCGUGUAGCAAGAUGUUUUGUCUUUUGAACUAAACGGCUUUGUGUCGUCGUAUCCUGAAAAUGUCAAACUAAAUAAUUUGUUUUUACAAUCAAUCGAACACCUCAGAUUUAUAUGCAUACAUGUGCAUAAACCGAAAGGUCUAAAAUUGAUAUCUGAAGGAACUAGAUUAGGUAAUUAGGGAAAUAGAUUGCCGCAUGCUUUGAUCAGACAUGUAUAAUAUUUGGGUACCAGAAAUACUCUAAACCUUAAGGCGUUAUCUGUACCUUCUCAAAGUUGUAGACAAGAUAUGUUGUUUAUGUCCAACACGCAUAGAUUACAUAACUCAUAAAAAUCCAAGC